AUGCUCGAAAUAGAUAAAUUAAAAUUAAUAGAAUGUUACAAAUCAAGAACAGUAUUAUGGAAAACAAAUCAUCCUGAAUAUCAUAGUCAAAAAAGUAGAGAUGAAGCAUUAAGAGAAAUUGUUGAAAAUUUUGAACAUAAAUACUCUCAGGAGACAAUCAAAAGAGAAUUCAAAAAUCUACGUGACACAUGGGUUAAAAUAAGAAGGCGAAGAGAUAAAGAAAGAGAAGACAGCAAAAAAACUGGUCAACCUGCUCGCGCUAUAACAUGGCAUUUCUGGGAACCAUUAGCAUUUCUUGAUGAAAUAAGUGGCACUUCCAAAAGAUAUUUUGCUGAUAGAUGUCAUACAGAUGAAACAAUUAAUAUAAAAGAUGACUUUAAUUCAAAUUUAUCAAAAGAUUUUCCCAAUGAAAAUUUUAAUUUACUCAGGCUUGUAACUUCAUCAAGAUCUGUAAAAGAAAAUGAAUCUAGUAAUACUUCAUUUUUAUACAACAGUGACUCCGCCUACAAUUCCCCAAAGCAAAAAAAACCAAGAAUAGAAGAAGAUCUUAUCCACAAAAAAGAAUUUUCUCCUGAAUCACAAUACGAAAGUUCGAAUGAUCUCUCAGCAAUCACAAACAUCCGUUCUAAUGUUAGUACACCUCCUAGCAUUACUACAGCAAUGGUUUCCUUGGCGGGUCCAAGUAAUAAUUCAUCCAUUCAUCAUGUUUCUAAUCUUGUUACAAGUAUCUUAACUCAAAUAUAUGAAAGAGAUCCUAAAAGUGCUGAUGAAUUUUGUUCUGAAAUGCUGAAAAAUGCCUAUAGUAAACUUAUAGAAGUUAAAUACAAUACAAAAAAUAUUUAG